AUGUCGUCUCAACCACCCCAUGCCACUCUGCUCAUUCCUGGGCCCAUCGAGUUCGACGAUGCCGUCCUUCAGUCCAUGAGCCACUACAGCGAGAGCCAUGUUGGCCCCGCCUUCGUCAACACCUUUGGCGAGACCCUCACAAUGGUUCGCCAGCUGUUCCAAUCGACCGAUCCCGCUGCCCAGCCCUUCGUCAUCUCCGGCUCCGGCACCCUGGGCUGGGACUUGGUCGCCGCCAAUCUCCUCGAGGCUGGCGAGAACGCCCUUGUCCUCAGCACUGGUUACUUUGGCGACGGCUUCGCCGACUGCCUCCGAACAUACGGCGCGAACGUGGAUAAGAUCGACGGCGAGGUCGGCGGCCGACCCCAGAUCCCCCAGAUCGAGAAAGCCCUCUCCGAGAAGAAGUACAAGGUUCUCACCGUAACUCACGUUGACACCUCGACCGGUGUCCUAAGCGAGCUCAAGGACCUGACUGCGGCCGUUCACCGUGUGUCCCCCGAGACUCUCGUCGUUGUCGAUGGUGUCUGCAGUGUUGCAUGCGAGGAGAUUGCUUUUGACGAAUGGGGUCUGGAUGGUGUGGUGACCGCCAGCCAGAAGGCGAUCGGCUGCCCGGCCGGCCUGUCCAUCUCCUUCUUCAGCAGCCGAGCUAUGGACGCCUUGAACAACCGCAAGACCCCCCCAGCUUCGUACUUCGCCUCCAUGAAGAACUGGACCCCUAUCAUGAAAAACUAUGAGGCCAAGAAGCCCUCGUACUUUGCCACUCCCUCGCCUCAGCUCAUCCACGCUCUCCACACGGCCCUGACCCAGAUCCUGUCGAAGUCCCUCGCCGAGCAGUUCCAGAAGCACAUUGAGGUGUCGGACAGAGUCAAGAAGGCUGUCGCAGACCUCGGCCUGAAGAUUGUGGCUACUAAGAAGGAGGACCAGGCACACGCCAUGACGGCCAUCUACCUGCCCGAGACUAUCCAGAUCGCCGACGUCCUACCCAAGCUGGCCGCCAAGGGUGUGGUGUUCGCGGGUGGUAUCCACAAGGCGAUUGCGACGCGGUAUAUUCGAUUCGGACACAUGGGUGUCAGCGCGCUCAACCCCGAGCGAAAGGAUAUCGACAAGGCUCUGGAUGCUCUGCGGGAUUCGCUUUCCGAGGCUGGAUACGAGGUAUAA